AUGAAGUUUUCUGUGCUGCUGCCUCUCCUCAUGUGCCUUCUUUCCAGGGUGGUGGGGAAGAUCUUUGGACGCUGUGAGCUGGCCCAGGUGUUCAAGAAGGCUGGCCUGGACGGGUACCAUGGGUACUCCUUGGGAAACUGGGUCUGCCUGGCUUUCUACGAGAGCCACUUUGACACGUCAGUGGUGGACCAUGAAGCAGACGGCAGCACCAGCAACGGCAUCUUCCAGAUCAACAGCCGCCUUUGGUGUGAAGAUUACAAACACUUCACACUGAACAUCUGCAGAAUCCAUUGCAGUGAUUUGCUGACCAGUAACAUCAACGACGAUAUCGUCUGUGCCAUGAGGAUUGUGCAAGGAUACAGAGGCCUGGGGGCCUGGAUGAGUUGGAAGGAAAAUUGUGAAGGCCUUCAUAUGUCUGUUUGGUUGAAAGGAUGCAUCCUCUGA